CCCUUCUCCAGGCCCCUCUCUCGUCUCUCCCUCUCUCGUUGUUUUCGUUUGCCAGAAGAAUACAUUUUGAUAGAGCUGAUAUGGCGCACGUAUAGGAACAAGCCGUCCAUACUACAUAUUUUGAUUUCUUGACUGCCAAAGGUGUAAGUUUCAUUGAAUUUAAUGGACACUCACUUAUGUUCUGCCUAUUUAAUUUUUUGUUUCACUUCAAAUUAGUAUAGUAGUUUGCCUAAAUUUGAGCUUUCUUUGAAUUGUUGGGCGAUUUUUGAAUCCUAGUGUUAACUGAGAUGGUGGUCAUGGUUAUGGUAAAUUCUCAAAUGGGUGUCUGUUGUUUUGAAAAAAAUGGAAUUUUGACAUUGAAUUGUAGCCAGAACUUGUCUCUGUCUUGUGGGUAUUUGAUUCCCCCAAAACCCAGUUGUGGUGUCACUUUAAAAACAAAGAAAAUUAUGGAGGAUAGGGUUUCCUGUUUAAGAACACGAAAUUUCAGGCCAGUCAAUGUUUUGUCGUCUGGCAAUCAAUUGGUUGAUAGUGGUGUUCUUGAGAAAGAGUUUGAGUUCAAGCCAUCGUUUGAUGAGUAUUUGAAGGAUAUGGAGUGUGUUAGGGAGAAGAAGCAAACCCAUCAAUCAAAUAGAGACAAGUCAAGGAAUGAUUCGAGCAGAAAGGAUGUUUUGAGGACACCGCGGUCAGAAGGUGCUGAAGAAAAUGCCAAUUUGGAUGAUUUUAAAGGGAAAUCAUCUCAAGAUAAGGCCGGGUCAUUGAAGCAAAGCGAGCUGCGCAACAAUUCUAAUGGAGUUGCUUGCCGAGAAGGAGUGUUUAAUGGUAAGAUUAAUUACAAAAAGAGAGGAAGUGGAAUAUUGGAGGAUUCCAAGAGGAUUGGAUUUAAAGAGAAGGGUAAUAUAGGGAGUGCCUGUUCUUCAGUUCGAGAAGAAUUGGAUGAUGCAGAAAGGAAAAUGGAUGUAAAUGUCAAAAGGAGGUUGGCAGUCGAUACAGCAAAUGGGAGAUGGAUGAAAAACAAAAGUGAUGAUCAAUUGGAAGGACACACGUUUGGGAGAAAUAAACAUGGUUUUAGAAGCAACGAAAUGCAUGGAAGACUUGAGAAAGACUGCAUUGAGGGUGAAAAAUAUUCUUAUAGAAGAAUUGCAUCGAAAAGUGUGGAACUCAGUAGGAGCAGUGUGCCUACCCUGAAGAAUAAUGUUAAUGCAGCGGGGAUGCAAAGAGCAGCAUUCAAGUCAUUUGAGGUAUCCAAUGAUGUUUUCGACAAGCCACGGGUUACACGGAUGGAAAUGGAGGAGAGAAUCCAAAAGCUUGCAAAGUGUUUGAACGGUGCGGACAUCGAUAUGCCUGAGUGGAUGUUUGCUAAAAUGAUGCGAAGUGCACAAAUCAGAUUCUCUGAUCAUUCUAUUUUGAGGGUUAUCCAGAUAUUGGGUAGACUAGGAAACUGGAGGAGGGUGCUUCAGGUCAUUGAGUGGAUUCAAGUGCGGGAGCGCUUCAAAUCUCACAAGACAAGGUACAUUUAUACCGCAGCACUUGAUGCACUUGGAAAGGCAAGGAGGCCAGUGGAGGCGCUUAAUGUAUUUAAUGCAAUGCAGCAACACAUGUCCUCUUAUCCCGACCUUGUAGCUUAUCACUGUAUCUCUGUCACUCUCGGACAAGCAGGACAUUUGAAGGAACUUUUUAAUGUGAUUGAUAGCAUGCGGUCUCCCCCCACAAAGAAGUUUAAAACUGGGGUUCUUGAGAAGUGGGACCCCCGCCUUGAACCAGAUAUUGUUGUCUACAAUGCUGUCCUAAAUGCUUGUGUGCGGCGCAAACAAUGGGAAGGCGCAUUUUGGGUAUUGCAGCAGCUAAAGCAACAGGGCCAACAGCCUUCUAGCACAACAUACGGACUUGUUAUGGAGGUAAUGUUUGCAUGUGGCAAGUACAACUUGGUUCAUGAUUUUUUCAAGAAAAUUCAGAAAUCUUCUAUUCCCAGUGCUUUAACUUAUAAAGUUAUUGUGAAUACUCUUUGGAGGGAAGGUAGAACAGAUGAAGCUAUAUUAGCCGUCCAAGACAUGGAAAGACGAGGGAUAGUUGGUUCAGCCGGUGUUUAUUAUGACGUUGCUCGUUGUCUCUGCAGUGCAGGCAGGUGCCAGGAAGCGCUAGUGCAAAUUGACAAGAUAUGUAAGGUUGCAAAGAAACCUCUAGUAGUGACUUAUACUGGUUUAAUUCAAGCUUGUUUGGAUGGAGGAGAUGUUCAAAAUGGGACAUACAUCUUCAAUCACAUGCAAAAGUUUUGCUCCCCAAAUUUGGUUACUUGUAAUAUAAUGCUGAAAGCAUACCUGAAACACGGGAUGUUUGAAGAAGCAAAGGAGUUAUUCCGGAAGAUGGUGAAAGAAGGCAACCAUAUUGGCAUUAUCUCAGAUUACAAGAAUAGAAUUAUACCAGAUAUCUACACUUUUAACACCAUGUUAGAAGCCUGUCUCACCGAGCAGAGGUGGGAUGAUCUUUCUUAUGUCUACAAGCAGAUGCUCCACUUUGGGUACCACUUCAAUGCAAAACGUCAUCUUCGGAUGAUAUUGGAUGCUUGCAGGGCUGGAAAGGAAGAGCUGUUAGAGACAACUUGGAAGCACUUGGCCCAGGCAGAUCGGAUUCCACCACCCCUUCUUGUCAAGGAAAUGUUUCGCAUGAAAUUGGAGCAUGAUGACUGUGCCACUGCUCUGUCCUGUAUUAGCAGUAACCAUUUGAGUGAGUUGUCGUCAUUCUCCCAAAAGGUAUGGGCGAACUUUUUUGAGGAAAAUGCCCAUCGCUUCCAUAAGGAUACUCUUGUUAGGUUGAUUCACGAGAGUAGCAACCUUGUUUCGAGAAGUGACUCACAAAACCUAAUAUUUCAGAAUCUAAUAACAACUUGUAGAGAAUUUUUAAGGGCCCAUAUAACCCUAGCUGGGACUGCCCAAACAGAAACUGUUGGUAGAUUGAAUGUGAAACAGCUUUAAAAUUUUAGUGAAAUUCAUUAUGUUGUAAUAGUUUUGUUGGAGGUGUAAGUCAAUAUUAAGAACAGGUCAAUUGUUUUCAGUAUUUGUAUUA